CAUACACUUUUUUAUGUGCUAUCAGACGGUGCUCGGGCUAAAUGUAUAUAAACCAUCUCUUUGUGUGCGCUCAGUAUACGAACAAAAUCAUUAGGCGAGUGAAAAUAGGCAAAAACAUUUAUCGAUUGUUUAGAAGGUAAAGUAAAUAAAUCUCGAGCAUCGUACAAAUUCGAAACAGCUGUGUGUAAUUUUUUGUUCGGACGACACAAGAGAAGAAAAAAACAAAGAAAUUUCCAUCAUGUCUGAUCUCAAAGCGAUGGAAUAUUCGACGUUAAAGGUUCCGUAUGAAAUUCUGAAUAAGAAAUUUCGCAUUGCACAAAAGACAUUGGAUCGUGAACUGAGUCAAAUACAAAAUGUAACAAGUGAAUUGGAGCGUGGCUUAGAAUCGAAAUCAGCUGGUGAAAUAACACGAUUGCUUGGGGGUGUUGUCGAACGAUUACAAGUAUUGAAACGAAAGGCUGAUGAAAGCAUAUCAGACGAAUUAUCAGCGGUGCAAGCGUGCAAACGGCGCCUGGACCAUGUUCGUCAAUCGGUUGCUCAAAAUAUUCCACCCGAGCUACAUGUUGCAUACUCCAAUGAAUGGAAACAAACACGACUCGAUCGAAUGAUAGUCGAACACUUUUUGCGUCUGGGCUACUAUGAAACGGCCGAACGACUCGCAGUCCGCAAAGGCAUCAAAGAUUUGACCAAUUUGGAAAUUUUCCAAACGACACGCGAAGUUGAAGAGGAUCUGCGACGACACAAUACAGCCAAAUGCAUAGCAUGGUGUAACGAUAACAAAUCCAAACUCCGAAAAAUCAGUUCAAACAUUGAGUUUCAGUUGCGAGUGCAGGAAUUUGUCGAACUGAUAAGAUGUGAUGACCGUUUGGGCGCUGUCAAACAUGCACGCAAAUUUUUCCCAGCAUUUGAAAAUGAUCAACUGAAAGAGAUCAGCCAAUGCAUGGCCUUGUUGGCCUUCCAAAUAAACACAGAUGUUGAGCCAUAUAAAUCACUAUUUGAUAUUGCACGUUGGGAUGAUUUAGUCAUAAACUAUAGAAUGGAAAAUUAUCGCCUGUUCCAACUGUCAUCACAAUCGGUUCUGAGCGUCGUAGUUCAGGCUGGUUUAUCCGCAUUGAAAACUCCACAAUGUUAUUCCACAAACAAUAAAAAUGAUAAUUGCCCCGUUUGCCAACCAAGCUUAAACCGUAUCGCCGAAAAUCUACCAUUUUCACAUUGUGCACAGAGUCGGCUCAUAUGCAGAGUCACGGGCGCUCCAUUAAACGAGCAUAAUAUUCCAAUGAUGCUUCCAAAUGGACAAAUAUUCGGACAAAAGGCGUUGACACAGUUAUCCAAAGAGAACGGUAUAAUUGUGUGCCCGAAAACAAAUGAGCUGUUUGUCCAGCCGAAGAUCGAAAAGGUUUAUGUGAUGUAGUUGUUGAGAUUAACAAUAAGAGCAUGCGAAAAUCGGAAGUUGCAAUCAACCACAAUUCGUAUUGAUCGUUUGAAGUUUGUAUUCAGAUACCCAUGAAAAUCAAUUGAAUUUAAUUAUGACUUUGGUAUCGAACAUUAUUUUCUUUUACGAAUGAACGAUUAGUUUUUUUUUCGUUUUGCUAUAUUCCGAGCAAUUUCAAAAUGGAAAUUACCUCCAUAUCGUUGUAACAAUCUCAAAAUUUGACAUGGAAUCCACUUCCACACAAACAAAACAAAAUUCACUCAAUUUUUUUUCUGGUCAAUGAUGAAAAUCCAUAAUUUCAGAUAUUUAUUUGUUAUUCAAUUAGAAGAAGAAAAAAAAACGAUGUAAAAAAUGUGAAAUAUGUCAGCAAAUAUUAUCAAUAAUAAGAGAAAAUCAACUGAAAAUCAGUUAAAAGUGAAGAAAA